CAGACGAAAUGUGAGCCUGGGUGGCCAAGGACGCCAAAGAAGCUGCCUCUUGUUUGACAGAGCCAGCACCUUUGGGCGGGACAAAGAGCCUCUGCAGCAGCUCAGCCAGGCAAGGACCACCGGCGCCCAGCUCUCCGAAGCCAGCUUCCUGAGGGCUCCGGCUGGGGUCAUGGCCAGGACUGCUCUGGACCCUGCUCUCGGGAGCACAUCCCUUUCCACCUGACCACCCUGUAUCCUCCGCAUCCCUGCUGGGUUUCCUGGCUGUCCCUUCACUCCACCCUCUACCAGGUCCACCCGUCUGUCCUACAGAGCUGCUUGGGGCCACCGGCUUGGAUGGAUGCGCUGAGGCUGCCCCGGCGUCCAGGGGUCUUGCUUCCGAAGUUGGUCCUGCUCUUUGUCUACACAGAGAAUUGCCUUGCUCAGUGUGGCAAAGACUGCAGAUCUUACUGCUGUGAUGGAAGUACACCCUACUGCUGCUCCUACUAUGCCUACAUUGGGAACAUUCUCUCGGGCACCGCGAUUGCCGGCAUCGUGUUUGGAAUCGUGUUCAUCAUGGGGGUCAUUGCGGGAAUCGCCAUAUGUGUCUGCAUGUGCGUGAAGAAUAACCGAGGGACCCGGGUCGGUGUCCUCAGAACGACCCACAUCAACGCCAUCUCCUCUUAUCCUAUGACACCACCGCCCUAUACUUAUGACCACGAGAUGGAAUAUUGUGCAGACUUGCCUCCACCAUACUCUCCAACACCACAAGCUUCAGCCCAGCGCUCCCCACCCCCUCCUUAUCCUGGAAAUUCAAGGAAACAUUCCUCCUCCCACAACAGAAUAUGUGCCAAUUAGCAAUUUUACCCAGAACGAAAUGCCUUAAUUUAGAAACUUGCAAAAAAUGAUUGUCUACUAGUUAAGGACAGAUAAUAUCUCAGGCAGAAUGUCCAUGUGGAGACCAAGAUUCCUACCCUGCUCAGAGCUGACCUUAGAUGGAGAAUUAUGCUUGGUUCUCUGAAGUCACAUAGUAAGGGAUCUACUGAUCCACUCAAGCACAGUCAGAUUAAAGCAAUCCACUUGGCAGGCCAUCUGAUAUUGAUGCUGCUUUAGGAAAUUUCAAUAUUGAACCUGGAAUAAAGAAGAACAGAGGAUAGUCUGGUCUACAUCAGGAAACAGGUGUGUUCCAGAUAGCUUUAGGAGAACUAGAAUUGUUCAUUAUUUCAUUUGUCCGCAAAUAAGUUUUCGGUGCCUUAGAAUCUAUUCUGUGCCUGGCACCAUUGGAGGUCAUGGAUGGAAGGAACCAGAAGGGAACUCUGGUUUGCGCACAGGCAUACCUCAUCUUGUUGCACUUUGUCCUUUUGCAUUUUUUCAAGUGUUGUGUUUUGUUUUGUUUUGUUUUGUUUUUUAUAUAACAUGAAGGUUUGUGGUAACCUUGCACCAAACAGUAUCACUCAUCCAGCAGUAGGAACUCACUUCUUAUCUUUGUAUCACAUUUUGGUAAUUCUCACAAAAUUUCACAUGUUUUCAUUGUUGUUAUUAUUGUGUCUGCUGUGGCAAUCUGUGAUCAGUUAAAGUUGAUAUUGUUACAGUAGUCUUCUAUUUUGUUUUGAACUCUGUCCCUAUAAGAGAGUGAGCUUAGUACGUUGAUAAAUACUGUGUGUGUUGUGUCUGUUACACUGGAAAGCUCCUCCCCCUCCCUUUUCUGGGAACAGUAUUGAAAUUAGGCCAAUUAAUAAGCCAACAAUGACCUCUAACUUUUGAAACUAAAAGAAGAAGAAUACAUCUCUUGCUUUAAACUCAAAGCUGGAAAUAAUUCAUCUUGGUGAAAGAGAAAGGUGACUCAGUGUUUAUAAGGAGGACUCUUUAGCCGUCUGGGUAGCAGAUCCAAGUAGCCAACUUCCCUUAAGUCAUAAAGCUUCAUCCAGAGCUAGGACCUAACUGCCUUCAUCCUACAAAGGCUGGCAGAGGUGAAAAUACUGUAAGAGAUUUGAAGGGAGCAGAGAUCAGUUCCUGAAGUUAAGGAAAGGUGCUGCUGCCUCUGCAACAUGGAAGUGAAGGCACUGCUGUAUAGGCCUCAGCCCGUUCUCCCAAAGACCUAGUUAGGAUCACAUACAAAGAUGGCUGCAGCAAAGCGGAGUCUAGAUGUAAAUGAAAGAUCCUACUGUUCAAUUCAUGCCCUUUACAACUUCCACAGCCAGAGAAAAGAAGUCAUCCUACCUCCAAAGCCUCAAAAGACAGGCUGGCUUUCUUGUUAAUGUCUACAACAUAAAUGAUGAACUCAGAUGAAGCCAAUAUUCAAUGUCCAUUUACUAGCUAAAACUCCUAGCACUCUUAAGAAUAUACUAAACCUACUCUGUCUAUAAAUAGAACAACCAAGUCAAUUUUCAAUGUAGGUUAAUGAAUAUUUUAAGCCAAGUGUUGGGACCUAUUGCUCAGGGGAAAACAAGGUUUCUUUCAAAAUUACACUGUUCAUUGACAAUGCACUGAUCACCCAAGAGCUCAGAUGGAGAAGUAUGAAGAGACAAAGAUGUUUUUAUAUUUACUCAGGUCCCAAACCCACUCCGUGCCCAAUAGAUUAUGAGUAACUUCAAUUUUCAAGCCUCACUGUUUAAUAACUAACUGCCUUGUAUAAAAUCAUAGCUGACACAGAAAUGAGUCUUCAGGAGGCUUGACAAAAUCAGUCAGAGGCAUCCUAGAAAGAACUCACUAUUGCUAAAGCUAUUAAAAUCAUCCAUGAUUCCUAAAGAGGUCAGGAUAUCAAUAUUAACAUUCAUCUGGAAGAAUUUGAUUUCUACCCUCAUGCAUAAUUUUGGAGGUUUUAAGGCUUUGGUGGAGGAAGUAUCUACUGAUGUGGUAGAACCACAAAGGAAUUAGAAUUACAGAUGAAACUUGAAGAUGUAACUCAGUUACACCUCAUGAUAUUGCCACCAGAUGAACAAUUGCUUCUUAUGCGUGAGCAAUGAAGAGUGGUCUCUUCGGAUGAAAUAUCCUCCUGGAGAAAGGUGCUGUGAGCCGAGAUGAGGUGACAAUCAAGGGUUUAUUUUUAAGUUAUUUGGUAAGUUAGCAGCAGGAUCAGAGAUGACUACAAAUUUGAAGGAAGAUGUGCUGUUCAUUAAAAGCUACCAAACAACAUCACAUGCUGCAGAAAACCCUAUCAUGAAGAGAACUUUCAACUCAUACAGCAGGCUUCACUGUCCUUUUAAGGAACAAACAGCCACCCAGCUUCAGCAACCACUAGCCUAAUAGCUGAGCAACACUCACCCCACCACCAAAAAGAUUUGGACCUGCUGAAAGCUCAGGUGCUAGUCGCCAUUUUUUAGCAAUACAAUAUUUGUAAUAUGGGUGUGUAUAUUGCUUUGAAGACACUUAAUAAACUGUAGUACAGUAUAAACAUAACUUUCAUGUGCACUGGAAAACCGAAAAGUAUUCCUGUGAUUCUCUUGUGAAAUUUGCUUUAUAAGAAAGACAAGCAGCUUCACUGGGGACAUGGAAGAAGUGUUACUGAUAUGGGCAGAUCAAACCGAUGCCAUCUCUAAGACAGAUCUGUGAAAACAAAAUAACAAUUGCAGCAUUAUUGUUGACUAGAUAGCUUUGUGAAGAUCCCUGCCAUGAAGAUUCCAAACAAAAUCUGGCUAUGUAGUAAAGAAAUAUUCUAGAAAGGAUAUCUAAAAUGAAUAGCAGAUCAGUCCUUUUAGCUUCAAUUUUUUUUUUUUUUUUUGCUUAUGUUUUAGGUAGGUGUGAAGAGACCAGUUGUAUCUCCAGCAAUGAAAACAGUAGAUGGAUUUUAUUCAUUAAUUUGAUUAUUUAAAUAAAAUCAAAGGUACUCAACAGAUUCUGGUAGCUAAGGUCUCCUUAGUUAUUAUUACUAACCUCACCUAAAAAGCACUUGGCUUUAGUCACUGGUGUGAUGAAAGUUGUUCCAACUGUGGAAUAAAAGGUGAGAAACCAGAUAUUCCCAGGGAUUUUAUAUCAGUAAUAAAAUGCCAGAAUUUGACCAUAUA